ACACACUUUUUCUUUCCCUCUUGUAGUGAAAGGAGAAAGAAACAGACUGGCUUCUUUCAGAGCUCUCUCUCGCGUUAGUUAUCUCUCUCGAUCUCUCUCCGUCUCUCUCGAUCUCUCUGAAGAUCGGAGACUUGUUGUUGCAGGUUUACCGCGGUCAUGUUUGGAAGCUCAUAACUAAAGAUGAUGAUGAUGAUGUAUAGGAAUUGUGUUGUUUUCCUUGGAGCAUUCAUUUUACUUGUUGUAAAACUCAAUGCCAGUGCUGGAGAUGCUGAUUCACUUUAUAGGUCUUGUGUAAGUCAAUGCCAAACCACGGGAUGCACUGGAGACUUAUGCUUUCAAGAAUGCGAAAAUUCAGAUAGUAAUAAUCACAAUCUUACUACAGAAGAAGGUCCCUGGUAUUUCCAAGGUUCAGUUUAUUCACAGCUGAAAAAAUGGGAUUGUUUAGGGGAGUGUCGUUACCAUUGUAUGGUUAAAAGAGAGAAUGAAAGAACAUUGCUCGGGUAUGAACCGGUAAAAUACCAUGGGAAAUGGCCUUUCAGACGUUUGUAUGGGAUUCAGGAACCUGCAUCAGUUGUGUUUUCUGCACUCAACCUUGCGAUGCAUUUCUACGGUUGGCUAUCGUUUUUCAAACUUAUUUUCCAUAAGCUACCAGUUAGACCUGAUAAGAAGCCAUAUUAUGAAUAUAGUAGUUUGUGGCAUAUCUAUGCUUUCUUGUCAAUGAGUUCAUGGUUCUGGAGCGUUGUUUUCCAUUACAAAGACAUAACUAUGACGGAACACCUAGAUUAUUCUGCUGCUGUUGCAUUACUUGGUUAUUCAUUGACACUAGCCAUUAUUAGAAGCUUCAACAUAAGAAAUGAAGCCACAAGAGUCAUGAUUGCUGCUCCUGUUUUAGCUUUUACAACUACCCACAUUUUGUACCUCAACAACUAUCAGCUAGACUAUGGUUGGAAUAUGGUUGUAUGUGUUACAAUGGGUGUAAUCCAGCUUUUGAUAUGGGCAAUUUGGGGUGGUUUAUCUCGCCAUCCUUCUAGGUUGAAACUAUGGACUGUGGUUUUUGGAGGCGGAGUUGCUAUGUUAUUGGAGAUUUAUGAUUUUCCUCCUUAUGAAGGCAUUUUUGAUGCACAUUCGCUAUGGCAUGCGACGACGAUCCCUUUGACUUACAUUUGGUGGAGUUUCAUCAAAGAUGAUGCUCGUUUUCGCACUUCUAAUCUUCAGAAGAAGUCGAAGUAAUCACACACAAGGGUUAAAUUGAAAAUUGAAAAACAUUAAUGAUCUUAGAUAUGCAGUUUCUUUCCUCCUUUAAUGAAUCAAGGAUUGAACUUUUGAUUGGUUUUUACAGAGACAGGAACAGGAUUACUAUUUUUA